ACGGUACGGGAACGGCAGCAGGAACGGCAGCAGUUGAACGCGGGGAUCAUGCCGUUCCCGUCCUUGCUUCCACACUUUGCGCACGCUCUUUGUCCCCCCUUGUGCGCUGCGCAUCGAUCCUUCUCUCUCCCUCUCCGUUCGCGAGAGAGGGGGCGUGAGACUGGUCGUUAGUGGGAGGAAAGUGCUAGAGAGUGGGGGUAGCGCGAGAGGGGGCGAAGGACGAGUAGAAGUGAACCGUGGAGGAGGGGUGACACAUACGCGAGAGUGGGGUGGCGAACCGCGGUGCGCAGCACGUGGAAGGGAUAAUUAAACCGACACAAACGCGAACACGGACACUGGUGUACGGAAGGACGAAGAAAGGUUACCAUGGCUACGUGGAUGGGAUCCGGCCAAUCCCGGUCUGGCUCCUGGGCGUGGCCUCUACAUUGGCCACCGAGAUCUCUCUUGCCAUCUCUUUCCCACCGACUACCCCACCGUCCUGGCCAGGCCAGGAGGCAGGGAGAAAGGACGAUGGUGCGACAGAGAAACGUCAGAGAGAGAACGAGGUAGAGGUAGGUCGCAAGAGCCGGCGGGACUACCCGGUUGCAACGGGCGCGUACAAACGUAUCAUGCUGGGUAGGGCCGGUGCCGAGAUGCCGGCUUGUAAACGAAACCAGUUUGCUAUCCGAUACGAUCCAGGCAACAGCGGCCUCGCGUGAUAUCCCCGCGGCCGACCAGGAGAACGUCAGCGUGCUUUUUCGCCGCGUGACCCCGAAGGAUAACUACCUGGAGAACGUUACCUGCGCCGGGAGUCACCUGACGGUAGCUUCGGGGGUGAGAUUCAGUCGGGGAGCGAGCCAGCGGAUCCCGCAGUCACCGGUUGCUCGCUGUAAACGUCAACGGUUCUCUGGUCACCGUCGAGUACCACCUGGAGCGGGAUCUGAAUUAUCUAAAACGCGCGUGACAGCGGUUCCGGUCUCGGUGCAACCAGUCGAACACUAUCCAUCGCGAAAACGCACCGACGUCGUAUCGUCGUAUCGCCUAGUGACAUUCGGAGCGGUGAUACGAAACGGGGUAGAAAUCUAGUGUCGGUCGUGAAGUGAGUUUCGUUGUAUCAACCCUUAGUGAUCGUUGACCGAGGAUGACUCCGAGGAUCGAGUCGACGGCACGAUGAGAAGCGCCAAGAGCAAGCACAAAUCGUGCCGGAGCGUUUCCUGAGCCGGACGACCGGUGACAUCGAUGCCCUGAGAGACAGCCGAAUACCUAGUGCAGAGAGACAGCCAGGGUUCGCGUGAUCGGGAGGAUCUGACGGGUCGCUGGGCGAAGAGAUGUCAGCCGUAGCACCAGCAGGAACCGGUGCCACGGCGCCCACCGCGAACGGUCCAAUCGUACCCGCUCCGGUUUUCGCGUUGCCGACGUUGUCGUUCACCGUCGGCCAAGUGGCCACCGUCUGCGAGACGCUGGAGGAAAGCGGCGACAUCGAGAGACUGGCCAGGUUCCUCUGGAGCCUGCCAGUCGCCCAUCCCAACAUCCAGGAGCUCAAUCAGAGCGAGGCGGUGCUCAGAGCGCGGGCGAUCGUUGCGUUUCAUUCGGGACACUACAGGGAGCUGUACGCCAUUCUGGAGAGGCACAAGUUCACCAAGGACUCCCACGGCAAACUCCAGGCGAUGUGGCUGGAGGCGCACUAUCAGGAAGCGGAGAAACUACGCGGUAGACCGUUGGGUCCCGUGGACAAGUACAGAGUUCGAAAGAAAUUCCCGUUACCCAGGACGAUCUGGGACGGCGAGCAGAAGACGCACUGCUUCAAGGAGAGGACCAGAUCGUUGCUCAGAGAGUGGUACCUGCAGGAUCCCUAUCCGAAUCCCGGCAAGAAGAGGGAACUGGCCGCCGCCACGGGACUCACGCCGACGCAGGUGGGGAAUUGGUUCAAGAACAGGAGGCAACGUGAUCGAGCCGCUGCUGCGAAGAACAGAAUGCAGCAGCAAUCUGGCACAGGAAACGGAAAUACACGGCGUGCCCUGAGCCCCGGGCCAGGAGGCAGCGAUUCGGAGGACUCCGAUAUUUCUCUCGGCGGAACGUCGCCUCCGUCGCCUAGUUCCUCGCCUCCGCCGACUCAUCAACCAUCUCCUGUUCCUCUCGGGCCCCUCGGACCUCUGCCUCCGCCAUCCUUAAAUUUCCGCUUCGAUCCAUCGCAAUCGCAGUUUCGAUUCAACCACGCGACGGCCUUUAAAUUCCCGCCGACGGGCUUCCGGUUUGGACCGCACAGCCCGCAACACAAUCAUCCGAACAUCUCAGGUGGCGGGAUCUUCAGGCUGACGGAAACGAGCCCCUUCCAGGCUGUGGGGCCCAGGGGCGAUCUAGGAUCGAGGCUACCAGAUCAUCUGGGACUACCGCCGCCUAGGUUGCAUCCUCACGAGGGGCUGCUGCACCACCCCCACGUCUCGCAUCAGCUACCGGAAGGGAUGUCCAGGUUAUCGGACGGCUCGCGACUCUCCGACGGCGGGAUAUCGCGGCUGUCGGACAGCCUAUCGGAAGCACACAGCCCGCCGCUAAUGGCGACGAAUCUGUCGGUGACGGGCCCUCUAAGGGUCGCAGUGCCUAGCCCUCACACGCCUUCCUCGCGGGGCAGUCCGCCGUCGAAUCAGCAGACUCCUCAGGGUCAGUCUCAAGGCCAGGGAUUGAUAAGGGUCGCGACGCCGCCGCCCAACCCGAAACCACCGCAGAUUCACAGACCGUUUUCACCAGCGUGAUACGACAGGGACGAUCUCGAGUCGGAAACAAUCAUUUCUGUGGACGCCGAGGACGAUCAGUGUUCCAUAUCGAGCAAGAUCACGGCCAGCGACGAGCAUCGAUUCCUCGGGAAGCGUUUCGAGGUGUUGUGAGGCCGAAGCCGCGCGAACGAUGGGUGCUGCCUUCGUCUCGAUGAAAAGAGUCGAGGGACUCGGACGUUUUCUACGCCCCUGGAGCGCGAGGAGUAAUUAUUCGAGAUCAAAGAGCGAGAAAUCCGAUGGAGUCGAGGAGUCGAAGGGCGCGAGAAAUCAAUCAACAUCUUUGACGGAACGAAUCGGAAAUUCGAACUGAAACACGGUGUAAAACUUUGUUCGCGUCAGACCGUGCAAGAAGAUGGAACAUUUUAGGAGACGCCGACAGGUAUCUUCGUACCUCGUUGAAGAAAAGUGGCCAGACUCGGUGCGGUUGACGUCGUUAGACAGCUCGCGAGAGCGGACGUGUGCAAUUUCUCAAGAUCAAAACGCGAGUGGUGCGUGUAAAUAGUUUGGUACCGUCGAGGAACCGAUACCAGCAGGACGGAAACUUCCGCGAACGAUCCUGCUUCGAGGCUGAAACGAACUCGGUGUUUUUUUUUUUCGUAGUCUGUACAUAGCCAUGCUUUCGAGAAAAUGUUCUUCGAUGUAAUCGUUGCCUGAAAGCUGUUGAUCGCCUGUUCGAACGCUAUUUAAACUUCUAACGCGAAACGGUGGAACGUUUGAAAAAUAAAAACACGAACCCAAACCGUAGACCGAAGUCGAGUUUCAGGAACUAAAGCCGUUCGAUUGAUACGCGAAGACCCUAAGCUUUCUUUUCCUUGGAUCGUCGUACCCCUAAGGAAGCCACGAAAUGGCAAUGUUACCGCCGAAGACCGCGUUACAGCCUUCUUUAUAUCAAGAUCCGUCGAAUCCAUGGGGGGAUAUUUUUACAGCGAAACCGAACCGCACAAUGUCGCGUACGCUGUUGAUUCAAGAACUCGAGCGUUGGUCGAACUAAAUAAUUUAAGAAACUUCGCGAAAUCUUUCCUCCCCGGCCUGCCCUUUAGCCUAAGUAGAUACUAGCUUUGUAAAUUUGAUUAAUCGACACGGUCUUCGAUGAAUCGUUUUACUCCGAGAGUAACGAGCCGCGUUUAGGCUUGACGGUGAUCGUCGAUCGAUUCUCUUGCGGUAGAGAGACCAUCGCCCUUCUCUUUGUAGAUAUACACGAACAAACACAUACACGCAUACACACACACACACAGAGACACGUUAGCGAAUUUCUUGUAUAAUCGACCCUAUACAUAUGAACAUACUACGAUGAUCUACGUAUACAUAGGUACCUUACGUAAAGACUAUUAACACGAAAAAUAUACAUAUAUAAAUAUACGAGGAGAAAUGAAUCAUUAUUAUUAUUAUUAAUAUUAUUAAUAUUAUUAUUAAUAUUAUUAUUUGCGCCUGUACAUACAUUCACGCGAAAAUAUAUUAACAGAUUAUUAUGACAUUACGACAAAACAAUUUACGAGUCUUCAAUUUUGUGCCCUGGAAGCCAACGCGCGCUUAUUCCAUCCCCAUUCCACCCGCGAACUAUGCAACGAUUCCCAGAAUUUAUGCGAUUGCCGCCCGUAAUCCGGUCGCGAAUAUCAUUGAACGGGUUAAAAUCAUGCAGCUCAUUCGCGGCAAUUAUUUGCCCGGUUUGCGCUCGCUGGUGGAACGAUUCGUCAAGCAACAAUCGCAUCAGUCCGCAUCGCCGAUUCGUGACCGGACUGCAUGAUCCCCGUCACGCGACGAAACGAUUAACUAAUCAACUCAAAGUUAUUGUUUAUUUGUCAUUUUUCUUUCGUGGAUCGUCCAGGAACGAGAGCGACGGUUAGACUUUUCGUUGUUUAUUAUCAAUACACGCUGAAACUAUUCGUUACAUUUCUGGUAUUUUCCUUUUUACCACCUUUUCCCACCUUUCGAGACGGCAAUGAUUCAGAUGGAAGCACAAUUAGGAAAAUUAUAGUGUUACAGGAGCGCUUCACGCGGGUUUCAUGGGAGUAAUUCGUAUUUUAAUUUCAAAUAUAUUUUUUCUGGAUACGUAUUUUUUUUUAAAUUAUUAAGAGUCUUCUACGCCAGGUAGUUCAGUUAACCUUUUAUUUACGUAUAUAAGAAUGAAACCCUGGUUGAUUACAAUCAACGUCCAGGCUACAGUUUUGAACCUAGGAAGCUGAAAUUUUGCACAGAGGUUUCCUUUAUGAUGUAUACAAGGAAUAAGAGAGAAUAUUUUGAAAUUCAACCCCUAAGGGGGUGAAAAGGGGUUGCAACGUUAAUAUUCCGCGCGAGUGAAAUCGCGGUGCACAGCUAGUAAAAUAUAAAAAUAUUCUAUCACCCUAUUCCGUCACUACCAUAUUACGAAAAACAACGGGAAAACGUCUAGAAUACGAGUGACUUUUCCACGCGCACUCGCGACCAUCGUAUUGCUCGCAUUCGCGCGCUUAAUAACCUCGAAGGGAGCUGACUCCAUGGUUCCUUCUCCCACCCCUGUCGUCGGUUCUUCCCAUAAUUUAAACGCUGCGAAGCUCUUCCCCACGGUGUGCCGCGCACCGUCGAAAAUCGCCGAGUCACGGGGCUCCCUGUUAACGAACUCGAAGAAGUCGCAUUCGAAACACGGAUCCUUUUUUCGUCGAAGGUCAAAGCGGCACGGUCUCGAGAGGAAGAGCGACGAGAGGAUAUACACAGGAGAGACCCCGAAGGGAGGACGCGAAGAGGGAGAGGACAGACGGAGAGAGUGACAGCCGACGAAGGGAGAACAGAGAACGGGCGAAGGAAGGUUAUCGACACGACUGCGGACAGAGAGAGAGCGGGAGAAUGCGUGAUAGGGCACAGUGGGAGAGAGUAGUUGCGCGAUAACGUGGCGUGGGCGGGUGUCGCUGACAAAAUGGACCAAUCGGCUGGCUGGGUCGCCUUGUAACCGAUCCCGCGGGUUAACCAGGAACCAGGAACAUCGACCAAGGCUCUCCAAAAAGCCGAUAUGCCCAGAGCGCACGCCUAACCGUUCCUCGUCGUCGACUCCACCCUGCCCGAUUCUUCCACAUGCGACUGCUUCCUCUGUCCCUCACCCUCGACCUUCCUGCGCCGCUGUCUGUCUCCUUUUUCGCACCCUUUUUCCCUCGAUUCCGUUUGCCUCCGCUCGACGAAAGUUCCCGACAGCUGGGUUGGAUACCCCGCUGGAAGAUGGAGUCGUUAAACGCCACGAGAAGAUACACCGCGGGCCCAGUGUUUCGCCAGCGAGUUGUUGAAUCACUUCGAUGUAGUUGCCGUAAUUGAAACUGGCCAUUGAGCGAAAUGCGUUUAGUCGCGGGCUUCGAGAGGGCUAAUCGUCGCCUGCGUUCUCGCGCGAUGUUGUUCGCUGAAACUUUUGGAGUAGGAAACAAUUCUUGGGGGAGGGAGGACUUUUCUUUUAAGGAAAAAUCACGAAGUAAAUACUGGAGAUCGGAAUUGUGCGGGACGACGAAGAGAUACUUUCCUAAAGUGGACACUCGUACGUGCUAUGAUAAUGAUUGGAUUGCGGAUUUUAUGAUGAGAAACAUACGAAACAUGUAUUGGGUUGUCAGGAAAGUCCAUGCUGAUUUUUGGUACAUGGUACAGGU